AUGUUUUUCCAAAAGUUCACAUGCUCAUCCCGUUUUAUGCAGAUUGCCAUGCUAUUGGUAUGUCUACUGCUGCUAUACUUUGGUCAGCGAUGGUGGAUCCAAACAAGUCAACGCUGUGUCGGACUUUCAGCUGCCCCGUUUAUUGUUUUACCCAACAAGAAUCCUCGAAAUAUACCUGAACUACCCAACUUAUCCCUAUUGAAGUGGCCAAAACCUUACGUGGCUUCUUAUCCCGCCGGAAGCCAGGGUCCAAAUGGUCGAACUCGACCCUUGCCCGGUCCAUUAGAGCCGGUGAUGAGUAUGGGUCAACGUGCUCUGUUCAAAAAGCUUCUUCGAUUAUUCUCCGACAUGAUGUUUGCAAAUGGAAUGGGUGAUGGUUUCUUUUUGGCCGGUGGAACUCUGGUAGGAACCUUCAUGUUUCAUGACUUAGUUCCUUGGGAUGAUGAUAUGGAUGUUUUUGUGGAUAUUCGACUGCGAAGCAAAGUUCAAUCGCUACUGAAAAGGUUACCGAAACCCUACAAAUGGUAUGCUCAAAAACAACGUGAUAAGCUUUUCACAACAUUGCUUCCCAAAGGAAAAAACCAUCUGGAUCUAGAACUCAGUCGACAUUCUUCGCCUUAUCCUUGGGGGUGGCCGUUUUUGGAUAUCUGUUAUUUCCAGACAAAUAGAACACAUUUCUGGGAAGUGAAUUUGAAAGAAUUAUGGAAUCCUGUUUUCAUACCACGUUCAGUCAUAUUUCCGACAUAUUUUCGUCCUUUGGGCGAGGAAUGGUAUCCUGCUCCAAGAGAUACAGAUCGAUAUCUGAGACUCUGGUAUAGACGAAAAGCCGGUUGCUUUAAUAACGGUUAUUCUCACGUUUUGGAAGGGCGCUUCAAAAGCAAGGAAUUGCCAUGCCAAAUGCUACUCCAUCGAUAUGCUCAGGUGAAGAGAAAAUUAAUAAGAAGAGAAACCCAGGUUUACAACACGAACAUGCAAUUGAAUUUCACAGUUACAGAAGAAAGUCUCAUUAUGUAUUCUGAUUUUGGCACAGUCUCUUUUCAUGAAUUAUGCCUUCCGGUGAUAAAUGAACGAACAACAAAAUAG